AUGGCAAAGGUUGGGAACGAGGCCAUCAAUACCGAAAAGAUGCGCAAACAUCAGCUAAUGAAAUAUUUACAACAAAAGGAACAUACACCAAGGGAGCCUAUUGACAUUUGCCGUGAAACUAACGGGGUAGAUCUUGUACAAUCCACGAUCUUAAAUGCUAGUCCUUCAUAUGGGUCACUAGAACAUGUUCUAGUAAACUCCCUAAGUUCAGCCAGUGCCGUAGUGUCUGAUGUGGACCAUCAGAUGAUAGUAAAGAUAUUUUUUAAGCAGCCUACAAAGGUUUUUGCCCUCACAAUCAAUUCUCAGAUGCCACCUGACAUAGCUGAUUGUUUACCUCCAAAAAUUAUCCAAGUGUACGGUGAUCUACCAGAGUUUGAUUUUUCUGAGGUGGAUAAUACUCCCAUUGGCGAUCAAACCAUAAUCACUGAUAAAAAUCUCAUUGACCGGGCCACCCUUAAGGGGUCCAAAUUUCAGCGUGUGACCAGCUUAAUACUAUUUAUCCAAGAAAAUUUGGGUAAAGCCAAACUGACAUUCAUUAACAACAUCGUGGUUUGGGGUUAUCUACACUAG